AGAGAAUGUAUAAGCACGUAUAUACCCCUAUAUAUAAGAACUGAACUUAUUAAGACUCUAUAUAAGUCCCUAGAAUAUAGAUACGCAGGGGUAGACGAAAUAGUUAGACGACUAGCUAAGGUGUUUGCAAUACUACGCUUGCGAGCGAAGGUAUUAUUAGAACUAGGAUUAGCUCGAUUUUACGACAUAAUUCUAGUAAUCUACGAAAUUAGUAACGACGAAGCAUUCGCUGCACUACGCGAACUACAGAUAUAA